ACAAGGAAUGACCUUUUUGAUAUCCUUGAAGCCAUAAAUUCUAAGAAGAGGAUGGAAAUUGUGACUAAUAUACGGGCUGACUUCAGCAGCACCAAAGGACCUUUUAGAAAGCCUCCAUCCCUUCUUUUGGACAGCUUGGUGGAGGAGCCUAAGAAAAAAACUGAUGUUCCCAACCACCUCCUGGAAUCGAAAAUUUAUGCAAAGCUGUUAAGAAACAAUGUUAUACAGGCUAAACCUGCCAUAAUGCAUUAUGGAGGGUUUGAGAUAGAAAAACAUCAGCAACAAGUGCUGAAACUCAUAAACAUUUCUGGAGAAGUUAUAAACUUCCAUAUUAUUCCACCUGAGACAAAAUACUUCCAGAUCCAAUAUAACAAAAUUCAGCGACUUGUCCCUGGCUUGUCCUUUACAGUAAUGGUUGAUUUCUGUCCUGAUGAAUGGCAAUACUAUUAUGACUGCAUCCGAAUCCAUUCUCAGGGAGAUGAAACUUUGCUGAUCCCUCUACAUGCCUAUCCUGUGAUGAAUGCUGUAGAAUUUCCAUCCUACAUUAAUCUGUCUGAUGUUCCUUUGGGACAAUGCAAGCCAUAUGUGAUCCCUCUGCAGUGUAGCUGUCCCAUAGAUUUCGAGUUUCAGGUGGAGUACCUUCAUCCCCACAAAGCCUUUACUGUACAUCCCAUGUCAGGAAUAAUUCCAGCCAAUGGAAAAGCAGAAGUGAUAGUUACAUUUGCACCUCUUGAAUAUGGGACAGCCCAAAUAAAAAUCCAGUUGUGGAUUUCACAGUUUAACUCAAAACCUUACAUGUGUACAUUCACAGGAACAUCUACCCCCCACCUAAAUUUUAAAAGAAGAGACUUUGAGAACCAAGAGUCAGUUUUGCAAAAAAUACCAAAGUCUGCUGAAAAAGCAGUGGUAUGCUUGCCACAGAAAACAGUGCCAUCGAAAGAAGAAAAGCACAGGCCACUACAAAAAGUACAGGCUAUUGAAUAUAAAAACUUGAGGUUCCCUGUUGAUUUGUCAAAUCCUUAUGCUGUGGCAACAGUUUUGAUUCAAGAACCAGGCAAAUUGAAGAUUAAACAUUUAAGAGAAGUCCUAGGAGGACAAGGUGACGGAGGAACUAAAACACGGCAGAUAAAAGAAGCUGUUUUUCAACUAAAAGUCAAACAGGAUAUACAGGAAGAGGAGAUCAAUCAACUUAAGUGGCAAGUUCAUUUAGGUAAAGAUCCAAUAUGUCCAAGUGUUCAAAAGCAAAUCCUUGAAGACCGGCAGAAAGAAGAAGAACUUUACAAGAUUAAAAGAGGAGAUCCCAUUCUGGAGGACGAGUUUGAAAGAAAGCAUGUUAAAAUCUCUCAGAAACGUAUCGUCCGAGACAUCAGUGAGUGUCCCCGGUUUCAGCCUACUUUUGACCUCCUGCUUAAUAAUCCUUGGUACCACAAGCAUAGAAUUCAGCAGCGAUUCCAACAAGCUGCGCGAAAGGUCCUGAUUCAGUGCCGGCUAGAUAAAGUGAUGAAUUUACUUCAUGAUGUAUUUAAGCGUUUUAGAGACCAAGAGGAGGAGGAGAAGAGAUUGAUAUCAGAAUGCAGCAGUUUUAAAACCUCCAGCACCACUGCUGUAACUGAUGAGGAGAAGAGAAUGCCUUUUGCCUGGACUCUAACUCGAAUACAGCCUUUUGAAUUCCCUACUUACAAUCCACCACAGUGGGCUGAUGAACUGGCACCAGAAGUUCUUGGUAUAGUUCCUGUCAAGUUUGCUGCAGUUAAAAUCAAACAGCUCCACCACUUUUCUGAACUAAAGGUACCCCAGCAUUUCAGUAGCAUGGGAUAUCAACCAUUCUGCAUACAUCAUGCGGCAACUAGUUACAAGGUUCCAAAAUAUUUUCAAACUCAGAAGUCAGGUGCUGAGGAAGAGCUGAUUCCACUAAUACCUGCUUCCGAAGAAAAAUCCUUGGUUGCACAGGAUGAGAAACUAGACACUUCCUUCUUAAACCUGAAAGCUCCUGAAGCUUUGCUUCACCCUCCAAACCAUCAUCCACUUCAAAUUUUUAAUCCUAGUCCUGGACUGUUUGAGUUCAAGCUACCACUACCCUAUGCAGAAAGCAGCAUUGAAUAUCAUAUUUGCCCUCUUCCAAAAUUUCCACAUAGCAAUAAAUACCCAUCUGGUACUGCAAUUACACAAAAGAAGUUUCUUCAUCAUAGGGAAGUGAUUCGUGGUGUAACUAACUGGAGAAAAUUCCCACCAGUUAUCAAUUCAACCUUACCAAGCAUGCCACCUCUGAAUAUCAUGACAACCUUCAGCAUUAAUCCUUAUAGCACAGACAUGCUUCCAAAGGUUGUGCCUCCAAUUCUGCAGGAGUUACCAGAACAAGACAAGGAAAAUGUAGUUGAUGAAGUGAUUGAAGGAGAGGCUGCUGUCUUACUUACACCACAGAUGAUAAAGGCCGAGUUUCCACAGAUUGACUUCUCAGCGGAAGAGAAUAGAUCAAAAGAGGAAAGUGAAGGAAAUGCAGAAGUUAAAGUUGCUUCUUUUACAUCUCUACAUAGAUCUGUGCCUGUUUCCAGUGAUGUGAGGGACGUUGUGGAUUUGUAUGUUCUAAAUCAGAAAAAUAUAUAUGGACGAAGGCUUACAGAGACUAUGGAGAAACUGAAAGAGAAAGCGGUUGACAAGAGUAUGAUCCUAAAUUAAAUUGUCUCCAUGGGAUAGGCUUGAAUGUUUUUAAGUGUCAGUCACAUUUUCUACACUUCUUAUAAUGUGAGUCACACAUUAGGGAUAUACAGCAUUCUGUGAUUCAGGAACAGAACAUUCCAGAGAGCUCCAGAACAUUCUGUUCCCCUUCUAGACAAGGUACCAUAACUUUGCAAAUUAAAUUACAUUUGUACAGGAGCUUCUAUUUCACAAAAUGAAACAUAGAUUUCCCAACUGCUAAGGCCAACUUUGUACGUUAGCACAGGAAAGAGUGUCAAAUAGUCUUAAGUGGGUGAUAUUCCUCAUUGGGUAGUUGCCGUUUUGGCCUUCUGUGUUUCUUAUUUCUUACUCUCAACCCUGUGAAACCUCCUAUGUGGCCUCUUUGAUUACUGUUGUUAAUAUGUAUAUAUUUGUCCAUCCAGUUUAAAUUCCUAGACUGUCCAGUGUAUACACAAACCCACACAAAUUAUUUUUAUAUACAUGCAUGUACUGUAUAGUGUUGUGUGUCUCCUGUGAAAAAGCAUUUACUGCUUCCAAUAAAAUGUAGAGAAAAUAAUACAUUCUGUAUUCAUGCUGAGUGGAUGUAAUAUAAAUAGUAUGUAAUAUAAGCUGGACCAUCAUCUGGUAUUCAAUGCUGUUGGAUUACUGAGUCAAACACAGUGGCGUACUCUGGUGUCUUUCAGCCUAUGAGUCAAAUAGAUUAGGUCAGGAGCAGGCAACUUGGUGUUCUUCAGAUGUUUUGGACAUCAGUUCUUGUCAAUUGUCGCCAGCACAGCCAGGGGCAAGGGACCAUGGGCAGAGGGUUACAGUUUAAAAGAGCUGCACUAGUUUGC